AAAAUGGCUGACAUCUAAAUAUUGAGGAGUUUUCUUUGUUUUCAGUUUAAUUUUUCUUUAUUUAAUCACGUUAAAAAUGGACUGUGUUUAAUUUAUAGUGAACUCUCAAUUAAUAAGCAUCAUCUCGUAGUGAUAACUAGUGCCUUAGUGACUCGGAUUCAAGUGAAAUAAAGUACAAUUUCCAAGGUUUGACACCAAAAAUCUGUCAAUCUUCUCCUGACUAGCAGAUUCUUAAUUUAUUUUCACAUUUCCAGAGAUAAGCAACUAACCAACAGUUUGUAAAAUUACUCAAAAAUUGAAGUCUCAACCUGAGAGGAUGAUGUAAAAAUUUGAGCAGUAAGCUGAGUAUGGGCCAAGCGCCUCAACUCGCAGACAUGAAUAAUAACACUUCAGCCCGGUCUCCGGGCUAUCACCAAAAGGCCAUGGAAGAGAUCCAGAACUCUCUAAGGCCUUUUGCAAAAAGCGGCAGUGAAACUGUGGGGUCCAGUGCAGCCAGUACAAUUUCCAACUUUUCGCAAACCAGCGGCGUCAGUUCUCUCAGUUCUGCUUCCGGGUCUAAUGGUGAUAAUGGCAAGGACCAUCUUCAGCUGCGUCACGGACUAGCUCAAUUACUUAGCAUGGGAUAUUCAGAGGAUUCGUCUAUGCGAGCUCUUCAAGGUACCAACGGCCGUGUGGAUUUGGCUCUGGAUUAUUUGGGUAAACAACUGCCAGAGUCAAGCAAAAGCUCAGGUUAUACAAAACUAAUUCGUAAACCAAGCAUCGAAAGAGAACUGACCCAUCCUAGGGGCAGUCCUGCUUUAGAUUCGGGAGCCGGUAGCUCUAGGAGUGAUAGUCCACGAAUGGCAGAUAUCCACGGAUCCAGGUAUUCUCCUAGUUUUGCUGAACCACCCCCUCCGCCGCCGCCGAGAACAACUCCUCCGCCCCCUCCACCUCAUGCGCCACCCGCCUAUCAGCAAUCGGUGCCCAGCAACGUACAGCAAAUGUUCAAACGCAUGUCACCAGCGCCACCUGUUGUGCCUUCAAGAGCACCACCAGCUGCACCAGGUGGCAAUUAUGGUGUUCCGAAUCAGAGAGGCACCAGUCCUGUUGGGGGAGGAGCUACUAGUCGACAACCAAUGGUGGUUCAGAAUGGACCGCAGGUACAACAACAGCUCACACAACAAAUGCAAGCGUUAAGCCUUUACCCUACCAGCGGAGUGAACUCUGCAGAACCGCCUCCGCCCUAUCCAAUAGGCAGUGGCGCACCCCCUCCACCUAGUUACUCAGCUUCAAUCCAGAACCGACAAAGUCCCACACAAGAUUUUAGAAAGAGCCCUUCAUCAGGAAUUUAUUCAGGCUCUACUUCUGCAGGUUCUCCAAGUCCAGUACCAGUUUCCACUGCAGCCACACCCACUCCUAUGGCAAGACCGACCCCAUUACAAGCCUGGGGUGCCAGACAAACGGUCUCGCAACCUCCAAUUAUUAUGCAAUCAGUUAAAAGUACCCAAGUGCAAAAACCGGUUUUGCAAACCGCCACGGCGCCACCGGUUCCUGCAACGCCAAACGGGCCGACCACGCCUCCAGCUAAUGCGCCGCCACCUCCAUCCUAUACGGCGUCUAUUCAGCAAAAAGUUUAUACCAAUGGUGGUGCUUCGGGAAAACCUGCAGCACCUUUACCGCAGGCACCUGCGCCGGUUAACGUGCCCAGCAAUGAACCGCCUAGUUAUGCUAGUACCAUGCAAGCUAAAGCGAAAGCUCAAAUAAGAGUUCAUCCUCCACUUCCUCCGCCGCCAUAUAGUGACGACGCACAUUGUAACUACAGUUCGUCUGGUCAUCCUCAUCCACCUUUGCAAAGAAAAUAUUCACCUGCAGUUGGUACCAAUGAAUGUUGUAGAUCGGACAGUCCUCUGUCCACUAGUUCUGGUGACGGUAGGAAUCUGUAUCCAGAUAAUGGAGCACCUCCACUACCUCCCACUGCCUCCUCUUCAGUAAAAACUAAUUCGAAUAAUAAUCACACAACGGUAAAUGGGAAUUCAUUGUCAGACAGUAAUGGUAACAAGAAUUCUGGUGAAGCGCCACCUCAAUUGCCUCCCUACGCAAAAAUUAAGCAUCAGUCUCCAAUACCGGAAAGGAAAAAAAUUAGCAAAGAAAAAGAAGAGGAGAGAAGGGACGGUAAAGUUAAAAACUACUCGCCUCAAGCUUUUAAGUUCUUCAUGGAACAGCACAUUGAGAAUGUAAUAAAAUCGUACAGGCAAAGAAUGUAUAGGAGAAUGCAAUUGGAAAAAGAAAUGGUUAAAAUAGGUCUUAGUGCUGAAGCUCAACAACAAAUGCGUAAGAUGCUCUCUCAGAAAGAAUCGAAUUACAUUAGAUUAAAGCGAGCCAAAAUGGAUAAAAGUAUGUUUGUGACAAUCAAACCGAUAGGAGUAGGAGCGUUUGGGGAAGUGACUCUUGUUAGAAAAAUCGAUACUAACCAUCUUUAUGCCAUGAAAACGUUAAGAAAGGCGGAUGUAUUGAAAAGGAAUCAGGUUGCUCACGUCAAAGCGGAACGAGAUAUUUUAGCUGAAGCCGACAACGAAUGGGUAGUUAAAUUGUAUUAUUCCUUUCAAGACAGCGAUAUUUUGUAUUUUGUGAUGGACUACAUACCUGGCGGUGAUCUGAUGUCUUUGCUCAUUAAAUUAGGAAUUUUUGAAGAGACUUUAGCUAGGUUUUACAUAGCAGAACUAACAUGCGCAGUAGAAAGUGUACACAGAAUGGGCUUCAUCCAUCGAGACAUAAAACCAGACAAUAUUCUUAUAGACAAAGACGGCCACAUAAAACUGACUGAUUUUGGCUUGUGUACCGGAUUCAGGUGGACGCAUAACUCGAAAUACUAUCAGCCUAAUGGUGAUCACAGCAGACAGGAUUCAAUGGAUCCGAUCGACGAUUGGAGCGAGGAAUGCAAGUGCAAAGCUCUGAAACCGUUGGAAAGACGAAGACGGAGAGAACACCGAUGUUUGGCCCACUCUUUAGUUGGUACGCCUAACUACAUAGCACCGGAGGUGUUGCAAAGGACGGGAUACACGCACGUGUGCGAUUGGUGGAGCGUGGGGGUGAUUUUAUAUGAAAUGUUGGUGGGGCAACCACCUUUUUUGGCUAAUACACCUGCUGAAACACAAUAUAAGGUAAUAAAUUGGGAAACAACGUUGCAAAUUCCAAAACAAGCCAAUCUCUCUAAAGAAGCAACAGAUCUAAUACUAAAACUAUGCUGCAGUUCAGACAAGCGAGUGGGAAAAAACGCCAACGAAAUCAAAAAUCAUCCGUUUUUCAAAGAUAUUGAUUUUGAAAAGGGUUUGAGGAGGCAGGCAGCACCACACAAACCUCGCAUAGAUUACCCAACGGAUACCUCUAAUUUUGAUCCAAUUGAUCCUGAUAGGUUACGGAAUAGUACAUCUAUAGAUUCAUCAAAUUCUGAUGAUUUGACGGACAAUUCAAAGCUGUUUCAUGGGUUCUUCGAGUUCACAUUCAGGCGUUUUUUUGAUGACGGUGGUGUGGCGGCCUUCAACAAAAUCAACUUGGACGACAACGAGAACCAGGGUGGUCCCGUAUACGGUGGUUGGAAGCCCCCCAAAAAAAAAAUUACGUAAUACGCUGUUUUGAUUUGGCUGUGUCGCGCGCGUUUUGAGUUUACCGAGCGCGAAUCUUUUUCGUUUCGAGAAGAAUCUGUCCUCACAAAUUAUAUGUGCCUAUAAUUUAUUUAUGUUAUUGUAAAGAGGAUAUGGGGGGGACGCUGAAAACUAGUUUGUGCUCUGUGUUCACACGAAAACAGCUUCUAAGUUGUUAUUUUAUGCCUGUUAUUUAAUUAUUUGUUUUCAGCUCAUAAGGCAGGGUUUGUAAUUAUUCGAUCUAGAAUGAGGUCAUAUUUGCUGAAAACUUGUUGAUUUUUUUUAAGAAAAAAAAUUUGUUGGUUUCCUCUUUUUUAGUUAACGUUAAUUAAAAUUAUUUAAAUAAUGCGCCUGGGGAAGAUUUUUGUGACAACUAUCUUUACAGCCUUCUAAGAGCUUGCCAAAAUUGAUUUAACUGAAGAGAAGGUUGAAUUUAUAAUAUACCGUAAAAUUAAAUAUGCAAAUAAUGGACUUGGUAUUGCAAAGGAGGUGAAAUUGAAAUAUACAAGGUGAGCCAAGUAGUAGAAACAGUAACAUAUUAUGAAACUUCACAGAGAUAGAAGUGGUUAACACGCACGCAAAGAAACCCACUUUUUUGUAUAACAGAAGCAUUAUUGGUCAAAAUUGAUAAAAUCACCUGAUUAUUAAUUGAUAUUUUGACAUAAAAAAGAUGAUUUAUGCUCUACCAUUUAAAUUCAACAUCAUCUUUCAUGGUAGCAUUUCACAAGCAUAUUGACUAAGCAAAUCUAGUGCUACGAUUGGUUUGAAGGUGGCUUUAUCACCAAAUUUUGAUACACACUUCUUAGCUAACUUCAAUUCAACCUUGUCUGUAAGUGUAUGCAAAAAUAUUAGCUGAUUUUAUAUUCACUCGCAAAUAAACACACUUAUAAAAUAUGAAACUUUUAGAAUGUUGCCAUGAUGCUCACAACAAAUUUCUUUUUUUUUUUUGCUACACUUGCAAAUAAAUGUAUAUUGGGUAAAUUCAGGUUUUCAAGAUUGUCCAUUAUUUGUGUCCAACAUGAAUUUAAUUCCUUUUGAUGAAACCAGAUGGCGUUGUAAAAGUUGUUUUGUUGUUAUAACCAAAGUCCGUCUUUAGCUGCCUUUAGAUGUAAGCUAUUAUUAUAUGCCUAUUUGUGCUCAAAAUCUUUUGUUGUUAAAAAGUACAGACUAUUUUAUUUUUGUCAAAUCUGGUUCAGUUUUUUGUGCACUGGUUUUGAAGAAAAAAAUAAGAUAAACUGGAGCAGGAAUAAAUAAUUAGUAUGUAUAUUAUGCAACGAGGUCUGAAAAUUGCACUUUUCACACAAGUGUAAAAAUCCUUUUUUUACAAAAAGCUUCUUCGACUGCCUGAAAUUCAUUUUUUUGCUCAUGAAUAUGCGAUUUUCCAUUGCAAAAAGCUUAUCAUACCCUGUGUAGUAUGUUUGAUACUCGGGUAAUUGAUUCGUCAAUGUUUUGUAGUGUGAGUUUUUGAAGCAGUUGUAGAAGAAAGUUGUUAAGAGUCGAGUCUAUUUUGAAAUUUAAAUAACCAGGUCAACCAGUUUUUAAAUUACCUUGGCAAUCACAAAAGCAAAGAUAUUUGCCAAUAGUUCCAGGGAUCAUACUAGUCACCUCAACAUUCGAUUUAUCUCCAAGAUCAUUCAUAUUACAGUAGUUUUCCUUCACUUCAAUAUAAGUCCUAGCAUUUGCAUCAUUGCAUUAUCUUUUUUUUGUGGCCCUUAUAACUUGCAUAUAAUUAUUGUUUCCUUAUUUUCUAAAAUAACUGGGAAAGUUUAUCGUAACUGUAUACUUUUCAGAUUUCUGCACCUUGAUUCUAGAAAUAAUCCAUACUUCUAUUUUUUGUACGAAUAUUUCCUAAUACAAUGGAAAACCAUCCCAAUCAGUUUAUGAAAUCGAAAAUCUCCAUCCAAUCUGUCUUGAUACAAUGUCUUCGGAAUUCUCAAAAUAACUAAAGCUGAUUUUCUCAUAUUUAUUUUGCCUAUCCAAUACAAUGUUUCAUCAAGAUGACUCAACGAGCUCUUUUCUUUGUGAAUUGUUUAAAGGCAAGUUCAUACUUCUCUCAUAAGUGAUAGUCCUAUGAGUCACAUAUGAUUUGUAGUAUACUUUUGCUGCUUGACCAAAAGACCUGAUUCAUUUGCAUACCUAGUUAAAUUUUGCAGUAUAAUCUAAAAUCGAAUUUGAAUUUAUAUAAAAUUGAUGUUAUUUUGUAAGGCCUAAUUCAUAUUUGACCUAUUGGACUCUGGAACUAUAAGCAAAACAUAUCUGUAAUCUUUUUUUGUCGAUUCAAAGGCAGUCGUAGAAAAAAAAUUGUUUAUGUUAUAUCUAUCAAACAAAUAGUUAUUUUUUAACAAAUGUAUUAGUUGGUAAUGGUAUGAAUUUGAAAAAAUAUGGUGCUAAACUUUCAAAAAAAUUGUCUUAUAAAUGUGAUAACAUUUCAGUUGCUAUACUUGUACAAAAUUAUUAUUAUUAUUAUUAUUAUUAUUAUUAUUAUUAUUAUUUGCUUGACACCGAUGAGUCUAUCAUAUCUUCUCUGUCCAAUGCUCUGCGUCGUUUCUUUUGAUUGGGUUUAUAAGUAGUGUACUAGGUUGGAGUUAAUUAAUAAUUAAUAAUUAUUCUACCGGUAUACUACGCGGUUGCAUAAAAAGUUUUUUCUUAACGCUAAGGAUGUUUUUUCUUUCUUGAGCCUCUUCGUGUCGUCUGAGGUUUUUAUUUAUGUUUUGUUAAAAAAUAUCUGCCAUAUGCAGUUCUGGGAAGUAGUGUCCACACAGGAUCUUAUAGGUCUCUAUUAAGUCGCCUCUUUCUCUUCUUUCUUUCCGAAUUGUUAAGUUAAAUCUUUGCAGUAUGAUAUCAUAUGGAAGAUUAUGCAUUUCAGUUGGCAUUCUUGCGAUUCUUCGAUGCACACGUUCAAGCAUCUCUAGAUCCUUGCAGUAGUAGUACGGGUUCCAGACUGUGUGUGCGUACCCAAGUUUGGGCCUUAUGUAGUAUGUUGUAUAGACUUUUUUGAUCAUUUGGAUAGAGUGAUUGAUAAAAGCCGUUUUUACUAGGUACACCAACUGAUUCGCUUUCUUCACAACUCGGCCUAUGGGUGUUUCCCAUUUAAGAUCUUGGCUUACGUGCACGCCCAAAUCUUUUUGUUGGUUAACAUUCUCUAGCUUGGUUUCCUUAAUUUUGUAGUUAAUCAUCGGGUUAUUUUUUCCUACAUGCAGCACUUAUCUAGGAUGUCUUGUUCAUAUUUGAGUCUUACCUUCUUGAUCAUAGACCUCAGUUUGUUGCAGUUUUGGUCUGAUUUUUGUAUUUUAUAUUUGUCACAUAAUUUCCUCUUGAGGUCAAUUUCUUUGAAAAUGAAUGCAUUCAACCAAGGUUUUUGGACGUUGGUCCGGCAUAACUUCUCAGGGAAGAAAAUAUCUAUUGUUGUUGUCAAAAUGCUUUCAAAUUCUUCGUACUUUUUGACACUUGGUUCAAUAUCUCCUGCUAAGUUCUUGAUGUAUUCAUUAAUGGGUUCGUAGUUAGCAAUGUGAAAGUUUCGCUUUUUUGAUUUUCUUUGUUGUAUUUUGUUUUAAUCUCAGCUGCACUAUACCCGCAAUAGUGAUGUGAUCGCUUUUCCCAAGUGGUGCUUUAGCCUUUAUCAAUGACAUCAUUUUUUUGUCGCUUGUCAGGAAAAGAUCCAGUAGAGAACUUUGAUUGUUUCUAAAUCUUGUAUCAAAAGUUACAACUUGAUGACAUCGCCAUUCUUUGUAACACUUUAGAAAAUCGGUGGUUUUUUUGACAUGGUUUAUUCAAUCUUAGAGAUCUCCAACAAAUCUCUGGGUGGUUGAAAUCGCCGCUCACAAACACUUUGUCAUUCUCCUCAAAUACUUCCUGUAGUAAAUUGUGAAGAACUGUAUUUUCUUCCUGGUCUAUAGAUACAUCCCAAUGGAAAGUUUUUAUCUUAUAUUUUCAUAUCCAAAAACAAAGCGUUCACAGUUCCAUUUAUUAUGUAUUUAGUGUUAAGCAGUGGUCUUAAUUUUGAAACCGUUUGUUUCGGAUCCUGCAUAUACGCAUACGCCUCCGCCGUCUUGUAGGCGCCUGUCAGCCCUAAACAGGUUGUAUCCCGGCAUAGAGAUCAAAGUGUCUGGUAUAUUUUUGUUAAGCCAUGUCUCCGUAAUUAGUAGGAACGUUGGUUUUUCUUUGGCAAUCAUUGCAUGGAUUUCUUGUAGUUUAGGACGAAUGGAUUAAAUGUUUGUGUAAUAGAAUGUUAUGUCUGUAAGUGGACUUCUUAGUUUUUUUGUUGGGUUUGAUGGUUAGGAUGGACGGGUCCGAGCGAUUUUUUUCAAUGAACGAUGAAUACAAGAUAUCAACCUUGUUUCGUUUUCGCUGGCCCACCCGGUAUAUUAAUCACUUCAACACGACAAACUACACAUUUUAAAUGUGAUGCUCACCCAUUAUCAGUCUAAAUGGCCCCACACACUACGUUUUUUCUCGUCUGUUUUCAUCGCCGCGAUAAAAUACGACGAUCUAAAACCGAAGUCUGUGGUAGAAAACCGUCGUGUCUCAUCGUCGGUUUAAAAUUCACUCCGAGCUUGACUUUUGGCACGACGUUCAACAUUUUGUUCCAAAACUGUUGCAUGUGGGUUCAACUGCCAAAAAAUCGCGUAGUGUGUGGUGAAAACAGGCUAACCAUGAAACACGACGUUGUUAAUCGUGACGAUGAAAACCAACGAGACAGAACGUAGUGUAUGGGGCCCUUUACAGUAACUGUUCGACCCUCAGAUAAGUCAGAUAUUUAGAUUACCCAAUCCCUUCCUAUUCUCUGAGUCAUCGAACCGUCAUGUCAUCGCUAUUCAGUUAAACGGUGCGGUGCCGUACAAACAUAAUUUGUAUUUUCCCAAAACACAUAAAAAAAUAUGAGACACUACAGAGGCAAUUCCCAAACCUUUAAGCCUGGGAUCUUCUUCCUCUUCAUGUGCUUUUGGUGACAGUUCAAUACUUAUUUGAGAAAUGGUUUCUUGUGGCAACCGUUCUUGUUGCUUAUAGGCUUCUUGUAAUUUCUCAAUUGAGAUUCUGGAGUAAUGAGUGUUUGAUUUGGUGCACUAGAGUGUCCAGCAUACAUUUUGAGAGGCAUUUUAUUCACUGGCACUGAAACGCUUCUGUUGAACUUUGAAUUAACCUGUAAAGGUUUUUUUUUUUCUCUCAGGCCCUAAGAAGGGAUCUUCCAAUAACUGUUCAGCAGACAUUUUAGUAGAGCCAGCAGUAGCUCCUGAUUCGAAAACCCUCAAAAAAAAGUUGUAGUUUCCUUUGAAUUUCCCGGAAUUUCAGGAUGAGCUUUAUGAUAUCCUACUUUAAAAAGAGUUACCUGUGGAGCAAGGUUGUUUGAGAGAGGUAGGUUGCCUAGGCUGGGACUCUGUAAUAAAUAGAGGUACAUCCUCUAUCUCUAUUGACGUCCCCUCUCUAUUGAUUUCGAAAAGAGAGAAGAAGACAAAGAGAACGAUUUCUAUCCGUUACAAAGUCCUAGCUCUGAUAACUUUAUAACGUCAUCUGGAGUGUCUCAACAUAAUGCAAACCUCCAUAAGGCACCCCAGAUGCAUCAUCAAGUUACCCAUCAACUUCAGGAACCUUGCCUUUCAAGAUCCCAACAAGGUACAACCCAUUAAACAAACAUCUGCUGGUGCAGCAUAAUUAUCCACACUCUCCUCUUUCAACAAUUCCAAUCGUGAAUUUCUGUACAGGGUGGCCCAAAUUUGAGCCUCAUCAUUGGGAUCUCGGUAACCCUAAGGGAUACGGGGUCGGUAAAAUUAUGGCAAAGUUGCGCAAUUUUAUGAUCAAUAUAGAAUGCCGUUUUGAAACUAGAAAGAUUCCGAAUACUUCCGGAGAUAUUCGGAAAAAACCGAAAUUUUAUAAAAUCGUUUUUAUUUUUUCCCGGGCUUAUUUAAAAAGCAAUUUUAAAAUAAAUGUCCACUUCAUCAUUGUCACUUUUUUCCCUUUAGAAGAUGGUGGCUACUUAAUUUAAAAUUCGACGUUUCGUCUCAGGCGGCCAUCCUCAACUUACGUUUUUUAAAUACGGACCUAGAUUUUUUACUUGCGAUUUUGUUAUCUUUGGACAUCCUUAAAUCGAUACUGUUUAUAAUUUUUCAAUAACACGGUAAAAAAAGCAGGUCCAUAUUUAAAAAAAAAUAAAUUGAUGAUGAUUCCAGAGGAACGAAACGUUGGAUUUCAAAGGACAUCGCACACAUCUUAUGGGUAUUCGGGGACCGGUCGAUUUUUUUAAAAAUUUGGUAUGUUGUAGUACUAGUGAAAAUAAGUAUUUUUCAUCAUUGCGCAAAAUCUCUAACUAUACAGGGUGACCCAGUAAAGUGGGUCCGAAAAUCAUUGCCAAGCCUUUCAUUUAUUGAUGUUGGCACGCAUUGCAAGCUACAUAUCGGGAUUUUUUUUUCUAUUUCGCAAAUAAAUAGUCUAGAUAAGCCUAAUAUAUUAUACAGGGUGGCUAACCUUACGUAUUCUUUUAGAAAUACUGCACUAUUCUUUAGUAAUAGUGUUACGGAAAAGGUCGUGCUGGAAUUAAUUUGCCCGUAACUUUUCCAAUUUUUGUCUGAUUUUAGAAAAUCUGGGGGCGGAUUACGAACUCUCGAUUCGAACCGAAACCGCCAUGGAUUUCGAACGCACUCCAUGCGAAUGCAUCAGAAUGCGUUCGAAAUCAAUGGCGGUUUCGGUUCGAAUCGAGAGUUCGUAAUCCGCCCCCUGGUCUCAAAAUAAAGCUUACAUCACAGAGGGAUGUCAUAAAAUCUGAAAAAAUGACAAAUCUCAUAGAAUUCGUGUGAAAUAUCGCCUUUUUUGGCCAGACAUCGUCAAUAAUUUACAUCUGAGGAAGCAAAUAAUACUCGUAAGAUUACAAAGACAUGUUGGAUGGACAUUUGAAAUCUGUGUUUAACACAGAAUGUUGUGACUAGUGCAAAAUAUUGAAAAUGCCCUACAUGAAAGUAUUCAAAGAGAAAACCUCCAACUUAGGGGUGGUGGGGUGGGCCUUAAGUCGAUUUACAUGAAAAUUAUAUUAAUUUUUCUAUUCUCACUGUUGAGUAGGUAUUCAUGAACUAAAACUUUCCGAAUAUAUCUAAAUAUUUUCGGGGUUCACACAAGAUAAGUAAGCAGAGAUUUUCUGUUUGUAUCAUUUUUGUUCUCCCCUGGGCUGGAUGGAGGGAAUCCAGUAUUGGGCACAUACUGCACAUGCAAAGUUAUGGCGUUGUUAGGUACUUUAGCUACGCUUGACAUGAGAACAAUGUGAAGUAUCCAUCAAAUACGUUACUUAUAUUAGGGCCGGUUUAUCAAUAACGAGUCAUUUCCGUGAUUUGUCAAUUUUUUGGUAAUAUUUUUUUUUUUUCAAAAUAGAAAUAUAUGGAUUGAUUGAUGAAGAUGAAGAUUUCUACAGUUUCGUAGGAAAACGCCUCAUAUAAUCCGCCAAAGGAUUAAUCCUCUCGAGAAAUACGAUGACUAGGAUUUCUCUACAAAGGAUUAAAAGUUCAUGUCUGACCUCGUGCACCCUAUAUUUCGCUUAUACAGGGUGGGCCACCGAAAACUUACAAUGGCUAUAAUUUUUGAACCAAAAAAGAUAUUGAAAAAAUAAAAAAUACCGUUUUUGUAAAAUCAAGGCGGAAUACACAUGACGUAUUUUUCAAACCACCCCGACCUACCCCUUAGGCGCCACCCCUACUCGCUUCAAAAUCUUUAAUGGCAACACCCCACUUGUGGCACCUUUUUGGAAAGCUCAUGAAAAAUGCUAAACGAUGGUCAUAAAAUUUUUAGGGUGACAUUAGAAAACUACCCGUCAAAUGAAAAAAAUUGAUAGAAAUAAAUUUUACAAAAAAUAGUUAUUUUUGUAUCAAGGGCGCGAAAUGCUACUUUGGUGAUCGAGAUCUGAUUUUUUUAACAAGGCGCAGCCGAGUUAAAAAAAUAGUCGAGAUCAAUAGUUGAAAAAGCACGUAGUGCACGAGUGCCUUUUUCAGUUAAAAACGCAUGAGUGCAAAUUUGUCGAAAAUUAUAAAUAUAUUUCCAUUGCACGAGUUGUAUUUGAUGAGAGAAUUUCAUAAAUGUCAAAACACCAGUUUUCGCACCAGUUAGUAUGCAAUUAUCUGAUAAUUUGCAGUAGUGCAAAUUAUCGCGUAAUUACAAUCUGAUUGGUUCAAAACAUAUCAAUUUAUUGUUGGAAUACCAGUUUUGACAGAUGUAUAAAAUUCUCUCUGUAAUUCUCUCUAGUUAAACAAAUGGAAAAGAGAAUUUUCGCUGUAAUUCUGAAAAUCGUCACUUGUCUUAGGGGGUUUCUAACACAUGAGUGGAAUAAUCGAAUGUAAUACCACAAGAGGUUUCAGGAUUACCGGAUAAUACUUUUACCUGUCACGAAACGCGUUACGCAGGUGUUGCUGGUAACGCGUUGAGUGUCAGGUAAAAGUAUUAGGUGAUCCUGAAACAUCGAGUGGUAUUCAAAAGGUUAUACAACGAACUAAACUUUAAUAAUUUUUAUUAUUAAUAAUAGCAAAUUAACAAUAUUGCCACCAAGCGCGAUAAUCCCAAAAGGCUUAUCACUUAUUAAGCCUCUCGUGUCAUAUGGGAAUAAUGUACAGUGAGUUGUAUAAUCGCUGUAAUUUUGAAAAUUGUCACUUGUCUUAUGGGAUUUCUAAUACGUGAGUGGAAUAAUCAUUGAAAGUUAUCCUGCUGGAACUUUUGUGUGUUUCGAAGAACCAUAUACCUCCAAUAGGUUAUUUAUAAUAGACAAACGACAAUAGUCACUUAUUGUGAAGGUCGUAAAUAAAAUGUUGUAUAUCACAUGUACGGUAAGGCACAUUACAAUACUCGUGUGGUUACCACGACUCGGUCUACGACCUCGUUGUGGCAAUAUUCCCCACUCGUUACUGUAAUGAAGCUCAUACCGUACUAGUUGUAUAAAUAUCUAUUAUCCAUUUAUUCAUUACAAACACUACAGAUUUAUAUCCAGUUACAGAGUAGGGUAGAAGACUAACCUAAGUGAAAGUAAAAAUAUGAAGAGUUACUUAACAUUAAAAUCUACAUUUAUUUCCUGUUCUACAUGUCGGAGUAUAAAAUUCAAUUUGGUUUAACAAACACGGAGCAUUUACCAUGUUAUUUAAUAUUUUAUACAGAAAUAUAAUUGUAGAAACUUUCCUCCUGCCUUCAAGCGUUUGUAUAUUAUGGGCUUUCAUGAUUUCAAUUUUUGAUAUAUGCAUUUCAUAUAGCCCUGUUUCCUUAUAGUGUGAAUAACUCAAAAAUUUAUUUUGAAUUUUGCCAAUACUAUAUUUAGGGUUCUCAUAACACAGGCUCCAUAUUAUAGAACAAUUUUCUUAUAAACUCCUGAUGUAUAAAAAAUACAGAGUUUUAACACAUAUGUAUUGAGCUCUUUGCAAUUAUUUCUGACAAUAAAUCCAUUCAUUUUGGAUGCCCUACUUGUUAUGUCAUGUAUAUCACUUCUGAAUGUAUAAGCUAGGUGUCAAAUAUUACCCCGAGAUCCCGCAUUUCUGCAACCCUUGCCAGUACCCUUUUGGUCAUUGUAUACUUAUAGUUAAAAUACGUUUUUCUUCUACUAAAACUAAGCACCAAACAUUUGUCAAUAUUAAAUUGUAAUUUAUUUUUCAUUGACCAUAAACUUAUUUUGUCCAAAUUUUUCUGGAUCUCCUGACAGUUAUUGUGGUUGACUACGUUUACUUCAUGACUUGUAUUCGGAUACUAAGUGGAUUGGAUUAAUAAUGGGGAUUAAUAAUCCUGAAAUAACCACCCAGGAUUAAAGAGUUUGUCCGGAUCGGAGUACUUAAAAUAAUAGUAGAUUAUACUACGAGUCAAUAAUGAUAGCUAUUAUGCCCGAGGAUUAUUACGAACUGAGCCGCGUUAGCGGCGAGGGAGUAACAUUCCGAGGUAAUAAUAGCUAUUAUUGCGAGUAGUAUACUCUACUUUAUUUACGACAAAUUAAUUUAUUUGAGAUUUUCAAUGAACAAAAACAAUACAAAUCCACAAGCACUACACGUUUGACACUGACACUUUUGUGGAAUAAUGACCAUUAAUCCCGCUACUCGUCAUUAAUCCCUGGAGGAAUAACAUAUGUCAUUAUACUGCCAAAAUCACAAAUAUAAUACGCACAUUAUACAUUAGUCGUAAAUAUAUAAAUAAUCGGAGUAGUAACCCCUGACAACAGCCCGUUGGCAUUUUUACGUUUCCUAGACCGUGAACGCUACUGGCUACGCUGAUGAGCUAUGAAAUGUACUGCGCGCCACACAUUCUGUUUCCUAGACAGUGGGCGCAACAGUGGGUGACUCAGGUGACUGAUACUGAUUUAAAAAAAAAAAAGUUAGGUUUACUUCCAUGCUCGAUAGCGUUUGGUUGAUUUUUAUACAUAUUGACUGAUCUGAUCUUUUUUGAUCUCUUCUUUUUUUUCUCAAAAAGUUCCAAGUUUGAACUAGUGCCUGUUUUGCCCUAGUGCCCGCAGGUAAACUUCUAUUUGCGCUUACGCUACUUGUUUUUCUUUCCUUAUUUUUAGCAUUGUGCUGACAAACGACAAACCCAAUCCUUAUAUUAUAUAUUUUAUCAUAGAAAAGCUUAACAGCCAUAUUGGCUAUUGACAUCAUUAAGAGAUUCGAGGUGAUUUCAAGAAGCAUUGUGAAACAAUUGGUACCAUCGUCACCAAAAGUAACUGGGACAACAUCACAUUAGCUCUUGUCCUAUUAUAUGAAUUUCAUUGUCAAAUAUUUGUCAAACUAUGCAUCAAAUGCAUUGAAAUGAAUGACAGUAGAAUUAGGCCAGGAGAUUAUUAUGCAUUAUUUGUGUCCCAGUUACUUUUGGUGACGAUGGUACAUAGCGUCGAAAUCUCAGCUUUCCUGAAGUUGUAAUUUUGCGAGUGACUAUUCCCAUUCCGUGUCAAAUUUCUUUGUCUAGGGGUUUUAAACUCAAUUUCUAUCAUGAGUGGAGGAUGGUGUGUAUCAAUGCCGACAAAACUGAAAGUACUUUCAUAUACCCUACAUUUACUAUUAGUUACAACAACAUCAAGUAAGCGGUUAUUUCCAUUUAGUACCCGAUUCAUCUGGUGUCAAUCAGGAAAAUUCAAAAACAUAUUUAUCUGUCGAUCCCUGAAGUUACACCACAUAAUAGUCGUUUAAGUGGCUAAUAUUAAGAUUUCCCACCAAUAUGAUUAUUUCUGGUAGGUAAAUACAUUCUUGAUUUUCAAUAUAUGAGAAAGAAGGAAUAGAUGAUCUUUCUUCUCUGUCUAAUAGACCAACACUAAAAUAUAAAUAAAGUUAACAUCAUAUACGACGAAGACUUUAGUCCCUAACAAAUCUAUGCAUGACACAUUAAAAUCUAAAUUCAAUUUACAAGUUUUGUAGGUUUUUUUGACUGCCAUGCCAGUGAGACACCACCACCACGCAUAUUAUCUUCCCUGCUUCGACAUUUUAAAAUGGUAAAGGACCCAUACAAUUCGCUAUGUUAGUCAACCAUAUGUUUCGCUUAGAGCAGUGGUUCCCAAACUUUUUUCUUCCGCGCCCCCUUUCUGAAAUCAAGAAGUGAUCGCGCCCCCCUCCCUUCCUUUCUCCAUUAUACAGAAACAUUUUUUUUACUUAUUGUAACUCGUCUGAAAAGAGACGCUUUCGGGUGCUCUUAGAACAUUUCACACCCGUCAGUGACUUGUUAAGGACCAUUCACACACAUCAGUUCCAUAUCAGUGCUGCGUCAGUUCAGUAUCAGGGCUAUUCGUGCUUCAUCAGUAGUGACAAUUUACAGUUUACACAUAUCCGUCUGUAGUCCGUACCAUGCUUUCAGUGAAAUGUCCGAAUUCAGAGAUCAAACGCAAAUUCCAAUCGAUUUCCGUCAGUGAAAUACACAAAAUAUCGUUGCCGACUUAAAUAAAAAACACGGAACUGACACUGACGCAGCAGUGAUGGUAAAAAACGUCACUGCGCCGGACUUGUCUAAACAGGUUCAUUGGAGACUAGGCAACGAUAUUUUAUUUUUCACUGCCACUGAUACUGAUCUGAAACGGCACUGAUACGGAACUGAUGUGUGUGAAUAGUCCUUUAUACUCCAUGCGUUUUGCACUUGAACGCUUGAAACCGAACGGGUCAAACUGUAGCCGGAGUACUUCGAAGUAACUCGGGAGCGCUCAACGGAUGGCACCCGAAAGCAGUUCUGAACUUUGGAAGGGGAGGAAUGGGCAUGACCUUAGACAAGGAAAGAGAGAGGACGCGUAACAUCCUUUACCUGCACUAGCGGCUAGUUGUGACCGUUUACCACCAAAUAAUGGCGACAAUUUUUCGUGGUGCCACUAUGUGAAUUUUACUUCAAACUAACAUUUUUGUGAUAUUCAGCAUGGUGGAUUGCUAGCAUAUUGCUGCAAAACCCGCAGAGAAAAAAAAGUCGACGGGAUUACAUUUAACAGGCAAAAAACAAUAUGCUUUCUAGGUUAUGUUAUGAAAAAAGCAGACAUUUUUUGGUGGCAAACUGCUUCAUUUUCACCUGCUGUGAUACGAGUCCCCUCUCUUUCCUUGUCUAAGGGCACGACAGUGGGCAGCGAGCGUGCGCUGUAGCAAUUAUCGCAUGGCAAAGUUUGGCUUAGGUAUGCGCUGUUGCAGGAUUGUAGACAUCUUUUUUUAAAUUUUAACUGAUUUUUUUAUUUUAAAUCUUAAAACUUGUAUUAAUUUUCAAGAAGACUCACGCCCCCCUUAAUGUUGCUCCACGCCUCCCCCCCCCCCAGGGGGGCGCGCCCCCCAGUUUGGGAACCGCUGGCUUAGAGCAAUUACAUCACAUUCAUUUUCCGUUAACAUCACUGAAUGAAAAAAGUCCACUGUUUCACUAUUAAGUCUACGCUCAUGUUGAUAAGCGACAGUGAAAGCUAUUUCUUCUUCGGUAGAAACCCUAUCAUCAUUAACUGCACUCAAUUGCCCAUUAUCGUUCACCUCUCUGCUAAAAAAAAUUAUGGGGUUAAGUAAUUUGUUUGUUGCUGAAGUCUUCCGAUUCUUUGCAUAUACAGGGUGUCCCACGGUGGAUGGCGUAUUAGACGUUUAUGGAGAACUAAAAAGCGAAUCAUUUUGAAAAUUUGGCAAGCGGGAUAAACGACCAUAAUCUACACUUUAAAAAUAUUUUUGUUUAUGCGGUGUUGUCGCUCCUACUCUAAACCAGUGGCAACAUCGCUAUUUUAAAUGGAACACCCUGUAUGUGAUUGCAUAUUUGGAUUGUAAAAUUCUGAGCAGAUUUCAUGUGAUAUACCCUAUACCUAAGUUCAACUGUUUUGGAAAUAUUGACAGUUGAAAAUUGACUUUUUGCAACUUUGACAGGCUGUAAAACCUAAACGGUUAAUUUUAGAGGAAAACCGAUUUCACAUUCCUAUCUUAGAUUUUUACAAACUAUCAUUUGACACCAACUUUGAAUUUAAUCCAUGAUCAAAAAUUCCAAUUAAAUUUGGUCUCCGGUUAAAUUCAAAGUUGGUGUCAAAUGAGAGUUUAUGAAAAUCUAAGCUAGGAAUGUAAAAUCGGUUUUCCUCUAAAAUUAACCGUUCGGGUUUUACAGCCUGUCAAAGUUGCAAAAAGUCAAUUUUCAACUGUCAAUAUUUCCAAAACAGUUGAACUUAGUAUAGGGUAUAUCACCUGAAAUCUGCUCAGAAUUUUACGAACAAUCUAAAUAUGCAAUCACAUACAAGGUCGCUUUUUAGUUCUCCAUAAACGCCAUUCACCGUGGGAUACCCUGAAUACAGGACACGACGAAUUUCGGGCCGAAUGAUUUUCUUGGAGUAAGUUUGACCACUUACAAUUAGGACCAAUUAAGAGAAUCUGACUACUAUUAUGGACACCACCACAUUUAUGACAACAGUCACUGGCUGAGCAGUGGUUUGACAACAUGGCCAAAUAAAUAACACUUGAAACCCAUUGCUACAUUUGUAUACUCCUGGACAUGCAGGGCAGAGGUCGAAUACCAUGUUAUUAUUUGUAAAGAUAAUUUGUGGAAAUUAAAGUCAUCUUUGUAAAACUAGUUUCGGUACCUAUAACCGACAAAAAUUCUCCCUUUAUUAUUUGUAAUGAGCCACCUGAAUGACCGGACGAGUCUGAAAUAUCCAAUUUUUUUUGUUGUUUCUGCAGUCUCUUUUGGUCACAUAUUUGAACUGGUCCUGUACAUGUGUCUAGAAUAUCAGGAUUAUCAGCAACAAAUUCAUUAAUGAAUGUUCCUGGUGUAUGCCCUUUAAAAACUCUUGUUAUCUUUAUCAAUGGAUACAAAUUGAAAAUAUUUUUUUUUGUUAGCAUUUUCAAGGGUUUCCUUCAAUUAUUUCUGCUGAGAGGCAUCUUGAUUGAUAUUCUAUUAUGACACUUCCACUCUGUAAAAGUUUGAUUCUUUUAAAAUGUCCAUCAACAUUUAUUUUAAAUGAUUGAUUCCUGCAUAUUUAUUACAAGUUUGUACUCGGGCUUUGUAAAAGGAAAAAGUAAAGCCUUUUCUCUGCCGACAUCAUUUUUUCUUCUAUUUAGAGCAGUGACUAAUGAAGAUAGAAAAGCAAUGACUUCAUCCACUCAACUGAUAAGCACAAUGGUAUCUAUAUUUAUCAAAAAUACAUAACGUUUAAACCUCAUAUAGGUAUGAAUAUUAAUUUUCUGAAUCAUUGUUAUACAAAUACAAUAAAUUGUUUUAAACUGGAAAUUUCUAUUAGUUGCCGAGUGAGUAAUUGAUCAACUAAACAAAAGAAAUUUUAUACAAGUAUACCAAACUGUUUUGUACUAAAAAAAUUAAAAAUGUAUAUUAAAUGUACAAUUUUUAUUUAAAUAAAUAACAUUGUAAAUAAUAUCAUACAUUCAAGAAGACAAUUAUGAAUUAUUCUUUCGUCUGCACUGCCUUUACUGUUGUUUCAUGGUCGAUAAGAAAACCACUGUACGUAAACAACAAAAAAUAUCGUAGUUUUAAAAUUAACUUAUUUUAAAUAAAUAAUUUAAAUAAAAAAAUGCUGUGUUAGGAUUAUAUUUAGCGGAUAAUUAUAUUUUUGCUCAUAUGCAUGGAGAGAUUUGACAGAAUAAGUAAUAACGUGUCCUGUCAACGCUCUUCGCUCUUUCGUUUAAGAUAUUUAUUUGUUAUUUUUUUUUAUUAGAUGAACCCUUUUUUCCCGUUUUUUGUUCAAAAAAAAAAUAUAGUUUUAAGUGAUAAUUAUUUUGUAAUUUAGAAUAUGAUUUUCUAGUCUAUCAUUGUUCUAGGUACUCAUUUUGUAGCUUAAUUUAAUUAUUGACGUUGAUUUUUUUUAUUACAUUUUGGUUCCUUCAAAGAAAAAUAUACAUAGUGCUGGCUAUAUUAUAUUAUUUUUAAGUAAUAUUUUAGUUUGAAAUUUAUGUAAAUGUGUGUAAAUAAAUAAUAUAUAUUUUUGAAAAUUAA